AUGGAGAACAGCACUUUCUUCCAAUUCCCCAACGCAACUCUCCCGACGUGGACUGAUAACAGUAUCGAAUAUAAAUUCGUAAGCAUUAUAUUAGUGAUUCUUAUUUGUGGAAUUGGUAUUGUCGGAAAUGUGAUGGUCAUUCUUGUGGUCUUAACGACCAAGCACAUGCGCACCCCAACUAACUGCUACUUGGUGAGUCUGGCGGUUGCCGACCUCAUGGUCCUGACGGCAGCGGGACUGCCCAAUAUCACCGAAAGCCUGUUCGGUCAGUGGGUCUACGGAUACGCCGGUUGCCUCUCCAUCACUUACUUUCAGUACCUGGGCAUCAAUGCGUCCUCCUGCUCCAUCACAGCCUUCACCAUUGAGCGCUACAUCGCCAUCUGUCACCCGAUAAAAGCGCAAUUCCUGUGCACCCUCUCCAGAGCCAAAAAGAUCAUUGUUGUCGUUUGGGUUUUGACGUCCCUAUAUUGCGUUAUGUGGUUUUAUCUUUCCGAUACGGAGGAGUUGGCUUACGACAACAUUAUCCUAAAGAAGUGCGCCUACAAAGUGUCCAGAAACCUGUAUUUGCCGAUAUAUUUCACAGAUUUUGCCGUGUUCUACGUUGUCCCGCUUUUGUUGGCGACAGUUUUAUACGGGUUGAUUGCAAGAAUUCUGUUCCUCAACCCACUCCCGUCAGACCCCAAGGAAAGUAGAAGGAACUGGAAAAAGGACUCGUCGUUGGGGAAUAAAUCAAUUAACUCCAGGAGUUCCUCCAGCUGCACGAAGAUAGCUUCUCGGAGGCAGGUGACAAAGAUGCUGGCAGUGGUGGUGAUCCUCUUCGCUCUGCUCUGGAUGCCCUAUCGGACACUGGUGGUGGUCAACUCCUUCCUCAAGGAUGCCUACCUGGACACCUGGUUCCUUCUCUUCUGCCGUCUCUGCAUCUACAUGAACAGCGCCAUCAACCCCAUUAUCUACAAUGCCAUGUCGCAGAAGUUCCGCGCCGCCUUCCAUAAACUGUGCCAUUGCAGGGCCAAGCGCUCCGAGAAGCCCGCCACAUACAGCGUGGCCCUCACAUACAGUGUCAUCAAGGAGACCUCCAAUGGAGAAAGCCCAGAUCACUACAGCACAGAGCUAGACAACAUACGUGAAGCCGCUGAAGUACUUUUGCCUGGGAGAAAAAUUUUAUCAUUUAAAGAGCCCUCAAUGGCUUGUAAGAACACAUUGUCUACUGCUUAGCUCCUUGUUGGUAAAUAUGAUGAGGCAGGGAGAUUAUAGUUUAAUCUACAGUGUCAACAGUGUAACAGGUAAAAUGUGCCUAUGAGAACUAGGAAACAGAUUUUGACAAUCAGAGUUUCUAAUUUACAGUUUUUAAAUGUAGCAUAUUUAUUCCGAGCCAACACAGUCUCGUGACAACUCGUAAUAAUUCGUACAACAUGACGAAAUCACAAGAUAUCGUACCAUUUUUAUUCCAUUAGAGACCAACCAAUCAGUAAACCGAAUUUAGAAAUUGAUACAGGCAUCACAUUUUAGCUAGCUUACUA